GCCACGUGCCUGUUAUUAAAGUACUUUGAUAACUCUGUCGGUGUCUCCUGGCAGCCGGUGAUUAAGCACACGUGCCGUGCCCUCACUGCUCUUUUACAUCCUCAUCAUCUCAGAGCUCUCGAAACUCCCCCAAGUAUUCUCUUUUGAAGCCCAAACAAACACCACCUCCCUCUCUCUCUCUCUCUCCGCAAUUCACCAAGUAAGAAAGAGUCAUCAUCACCGCCGAAAAAACCCACCAUUAACCGGUCAAAUUUCGCCGGAUAAAAAGCUCCACAAUUUUCUCGCCACCUCUCUCUACACAAUUCACCAAGUACGAAACAGUAAUCAUCACCGCCGAAAAAACCCACCAUUUUCCGGUCAAAGUCCGCCGGAAAAAGCUCCACAGUUUCCUCGUCACCUCUCUCUCUCUCCCUCCCCUUCCCAUGCUUUCCCUUUCGAACCUUCCCUCUCCUGAGACUCACAACAACAAGAAGCCUAAACCCACGGAAACGUUAUCGCUCAAACCCACUAACCAUCCUCGAACAUGCCUCAUCGUCGCGGUCGUCACUCUCCAAAUAAUCCUCCUCUACCACCUCCGCUCCCUCCCCUUCUCUCGCCCCCACUUCUCGUCUCCCUACGCCGCCGUCUCGGUCCCCGCCCCCGCCGCCGUGGAGGAUGAGGAGGACCAAUGCCCUUUCGGUCGAGUAUUCAUUUACGACCUUCCCCAAACUUUCAACCGUGAAAUUCUCGACAAUUGCGACAACUUGAACCCCUGGAGCUCGCGGUGCGACGCCUUGUCGAACGACGGGUUCGGGCAGAGAGCAGCCGCGCUCGCCGGAGUUGUUCCCGAUAAUCUGAUCCCGGCGUGGCACUGGACGGAUCAGUUCGUGACGGAAGUGAUUUUCCACAAUCGGAUUAUCAACCACAAAUGCCGGGUCGCCGAGCCAGAAUCCGCUGCGGCGUUCUACAUCCCCUUCUACGCUGGACUCGCGGUGGGGAAAUAUCUUUGGUCGAAAACCAGCACCGCCAAGGACCGUGAUCGCCACUGCGAGAUGAUGCUAACGUGGCUCAAGGAUCAGCCAUACUAUCGGAGAUCGGGCGGCUGGGAUCACUUCAUCUCGAUGGGGCGUAUCACGUGGGACUUCCGGCGGUCCAAGGACAGGGACUGGGGGUCCAGCUGCAUCUACAUUCCCGGGAUGAGGAACAUCACGCGUCUCCUGAUCGAGCGGAACCCGUGGGACUACUUCGACGUCGGUGUGCCCUACCCCACCGGAUUCCACCCCCGAUCGGAAUCCGACGUCGCCGAGUGGCAGAGCUUCGUGCGCAACCGCCGCCGUUCGACUCUCUUCAGCUUCGCCGGAGCGACACGUGGCGCCUUCAGGAACGACUUCCGCGGUCUCCUGCUGAGUCACUGCCGGAACGAGUCGGACGCGUGCCGAGUCGUGGACUGCGCCGGGACUCGGUGCUCCAACGGCACUACGGCGAUUCUCGAAGGGUUUCUUGACUCGAACUUCUGCUUGCAGCCGAGGGGCGAUAGCUUCACCCGCAGGUCAAUUUUUGACUGCAUGAUCGCCGGUUCGAUCCCUGUUUUUUUCUGGAAGCGGACAGCCUACUACCAGUACGAGUGGUUUUUGCCGGUCGAGCCGGAUAGUUACUCGGUUUACAUAAACCGUCACACGGUGAAAAAUGGCACCUCGGUGAGAAAAGUUCUAGAAAGUUACAGUCAAGAGGAGGUGAAAAAAAUGAGGGACAAAGUUGUCGAGUAUAUUCCAAGAUUAGUGUACGCAGAACCCCGAGAAGGAUUAAAGAAUAUGAAAGACGCAUUUGAUAUUGCCAUUGACGGCGUAUUGAGGAGGUUUAAGGAGCAAGAAGAGAGAGGCUACAAGUGGUAAAUUAAAAUAAAGGAAAUUGCCCAAUUGGUGAUGGGUAAAAAUUUUAAAGCAGUAACAUUAAUAUGGGCUUUCUUUUUUCUUUCCCCAAAUAUUCAUUUUUGUGUCAGCUAAAUUGGUGAGCACGAGGAUUCUGGACUGGGCAAGGGCAGGACUCGGCUGCUUUUACGGGAGAGGCAGUUAUUGGUUAAUAGUUAUUACGGUUGGAAGCAAAGAGAGAAAAAAAAAAAAAAAAAAAAAAGAUAUAUUGGUAUUUCAUACAUGUAAUUCUUCAGUCUCUUCAUUUUAUACAAUUACUGAAAUUCUUAUAGUUACUACCACGAUUUUUGUAUUCUUUUUGUGAGGAUUUAGGACUCUGUAUUUACUGUCUUGGUAGCAAUGGUGGGUAGUUAUAUGGCAACUAAGUGGUGGUCCUUGAGCUCUCCAGUGAUGAGUGGAAGCUAUAUCACUUGUUGUGUGGUCCACAUUACAUCAUAAUGUGGAGAGAUGGGAAGUAAUUGUUGAAGGCAUGGCUUUUUGUUGGGCCAUGGUAUGUGUAAUAGCCAUCAAGAAUUAUGUGAUUAAUUAUGGAGGAAAAAAUUGAAUAA